GACCCGACGAGCCCUCUUGCCGCACUUUCACUUGAAAAAGUUGAAGUUCUUUUCCGUCAACUAUCAACUUUUCUACGGCAAUGAUCAGUGGCCGGUACUUGUCCUCAUGACACUGUUGGCCUAAUGCACAUAAAACGGACACAAGAACUUCUUGAAUUUCUCGCAACUUUUCUUCUUCUCCUUCCAUCACCCCCGGUUUACAUAUGUAUCUGAAAUCUUUCUUCCCCGAUCCUCAGCCUGUACAGGACAUAAACGCCCACGAUUUCUUCUUUGGCCGCCCAGAACAAUCACAAUGGCCAGAAUACAACAUACAUAUCGACAUCGAAACAGACCGGAAACGAACUUUUAAAGAAGUAGAAGAACGGAUAAAGAAUGCAUACAUGGCGUUUGGGUCUUCACUGAAGGAUGGUGGGAUGGAGUUUGGCUCUGGAGGGCAAGAAAGCGGAGAAGUAGUUGGUAUCAUGAGCGAGAACUCUUCGGAUUACAUGGUUCUAGUCCACGCGUUAAUCGCAAAUACAACGCCAUUUGCACUAAUUUCCGCAUACUUUACUCGUUUUGAGCUUUUACACGCCUUCAAGCUAUCAAAACUCACCAGGCUUUUCGUUCAGCCAAAGCACCUCCACCAUGCGCUCUCUGUAGCCAAGGAAAUCGGAUUACCUUCGCACAAUAUCUACGUUAUCGGUGGUCGUGUUCAAGGCCAUCAAAGCCUGUCCGGGAUGAUAGAACGCGCGCGAAAAUCCAAGAUUGCUAGAUUUCGUGCUAAACCCGCUACGAAGAACACGCUGGCCUAUUUGGUGUUCUCGAGUGGUACCAGUGGAUUGCCCAAAGCUGUAAUGAUCACUCAUGGGAAUCUCUUAUACUCGUUGUUUCAAAUAAUCACCCGAACUCAAAUUACUGCGCUCAUAUUACCGCCUCCGACAAACAUCCCUGUCUGCCUCGCGUUUCUACCCAUGCACCACACCUAUGGCCUCCAUGUAUAUUGUUUCCAAUCGCUCCUGACUCCAUCUACGAUUGCCAUUAUGCCCAAAUGGAAUAUCAAUGCUGCCUUGAAAGCCAUUCCCAAAUAUCGUGUUACCAAUCUUCCCCUUAUCCCGUCCCUUGUCCACCAGCUACUCAAUCACCCGCGAAUAUCUUCGGUUGACUUGAGUUCCAUAGCGACUGUUAGCAGUGGCGCGGCGUAUCUUCCACCACCAUUCGCGGCCAAGUUGAAAGGGUUGACACCCAAGGAAUCAUUAGUUGCUGAAGAUACGCCGCUCACAGGUUAUGGAAUGUCUGAAUGCACGAUCUCCGCUUUAACCCAAAUCAUCGUUGGAACACCACUCUCCUCCCCUGAAGGCCAACCAAGACUCGCACCACCCGGAAGUACCGGAAUUCUAAUUCCUGGUAUGCAAGCCCGACUGGUGCGAGAAGAUGGCUCAGAAGCAGAGUAUAAUGAAGUUGGGGAACUGUGGUUGAAGGGAGCCAAUGUGUCGCCCGGGUAUUGGGGGAAUGAAAAGGCGACUGCGGAGACGUUCGUCGAUGGGGUAGAUGAAGAAGACGGGGUGGGCAAAGGGAAGUGGUUGAGGACUGGAGAUAGAUUCAGUGUUAACAAUGACGGAUGCUUUUUCUUUGCCGAUCGAGCAAAGGACACUCUCAAAGUCUCGGGAAUCCAAGUCUCCCCCGUCGAAAUUGAGAACGUCCUACUUGCUCACCCGGAAAAAUUCAUCAUCGAUGUGACUGUCGCGGGUGUAUCCGGUCAUGGACGGACAGAUGAUGAGAAAGUUCCGAGGGCGUGGGUGGUGUUGAGCGCGGCUGGGAGGAAGAAGGAUCGAGAAUCAAAGGCGAAGGGAGAGCAGGGUGUCGUCAAGGCCCUGGACGAGUGGCAGAAAGAGAAUCUGAGCAAGUAUAAGUGGACGAGAGGAGGUAUUGAGAUUGUGAAGGAGAUACCUAAAUCACCUACCGGGAAGGUUUUACGUCGGAUAUUGGUCGAUAGGUAUGAACAGAGCUUGCAGAGACAAAUGAGGAAGAGAGGACACGGUGUGAAGAGCAAACUGUAGUGCCCUGACCACCUUGAUUGUCUAUGGUAACUUCUAAUAGGAUACGGGAAAUCUGUUCUUGCGCCAGUCGUGUCACUGUGUUUUGACACAAGCGCUCCUUCAAACGCAUUUGGUACAGAAGAUUAAGAAUAACAAGCUUUCACAUCGCUCAAACUCUUCACCAUGCUUGCCGUGGAGUGUUUUGCUGUUCAAGGAGAUACGGCUCAUUGCUGCUCGAAUAUGAGCAUAAUUCUCUUCAUUC